UGGCAACCACGUGUGUAACUACCGUAAACACAAUGUGCGGUACGUUUUCUGGUUACCUAUAAAUCACCACGCUUUGUUCGUGUUCGCACAAGGAUUUUAUUCCGGAAAAUAUUAGUGUGGAAAAUCGCGGGUCGUCGACAUGUCCGAAGAAGACGUGAUACCGGAAACCGGAGCAGUAUUCACGUAUGGUAAAAGUAGUUUUGCAGACAAUAUUCCAAGUCACUUUUUCAUCAGAAAUGAUCCAGUGAUCGAAAUAAGUUGCGGGGAAGAACAUUCCGGAAUCGUCUGCAAAAACGGAAGAGUAUUUUGUUUUGGAAAAAAUAGUUUCGGACAACUUGGGCUAGGACAUACGGAAAAUGUUUACAAGCCUAAUUGCGUUAAAAGUUUAAAACCAGAUAAGGUGAAGCAUAUAGCCUGUGGACGGUCACACACAAUUGUUUCAACAGAGAAUAACAUUCUUUAUGGAUUUGGUGAUAACAGCGACGGCCAACUCGGACAAUCAGUGGCGAAUGUGACUUACAGCGACGUGCCCAUCGAAGUUACCCGUUUCAACGAUAAAAAUAUCAUUCAACUAUCCGCCGGAUCGUAUCACACGGCUGUCCUCAUAGAAAACGGCGAUGUUUAUGUCUGGGGCUCGAACAGCGACAGACAACUAGGAUUGAACUCGUUGAACGAUGAUUCGGUCAACGUUAGUGUGCCGACUAUCGUGCCUAUCGCUGUACCCGUUGUGUACGUAUCGUGCGGGCACACUCACACCGCGUUCGUCACGAAAAUCGGAGACUUGUAUACGUGCGGCGAUCGAGAGUAUGGAAAACUUGGCCAUGGCCUGUGGUCACUUAGCCGGGUCGAUACGACGGAGAAGAUCGUUAAAGUCGCUUGCGGGGCUAACCACACGAUUGCAUUGAACGAUGCGGGAAAAGUGUUUGUUUGCGGCAACAAUGAUUGUGGGCAAAUAGGUCUGCGAAGUGUUACAUCACAAGGUCAUCUGUACCCUUGUCCCAUUACAAAUGAACCGAUUGUUCAGAUUGUAUGCGGCCAGAGCCACAGUGCUUUUAUUACCGCAAGCGGUAAACUAUUUAUGUGUGGCGAUGGAAAAUACGGAAAACUCUGCAUAGACGACAAUCAAAUAACAACUCCAAUGCUCGUAUUGGCGUUCGUAGAAAAAAGUUUAAAAGUACAGAUGGUCAGUUGUGGAGGGAAUCAUACUUUAAUUCAUGCCGAGCCUCUUGAAAACGAUCUCUCCAAUAAUAGUUUACAACAAAUAAAAUCAUCUGACUCGUUACCUCCAUUAAGGGUUUCGAAAAAGAUAAUCGAAGAGCGAAAAGAGAAUAUUGAACCAUUUACGUCGAUUACUCCAGCUAAUGUUAACGAUUCAGAAGUAUUAAACGUUGUUAAAGAAAGCGUAAAAGAAAUCAACACAAAUAUGAUCGAUCAACAAAUUAAAGUGGAUAAAAAGUCGUUCAAUGAUAAUAUACCAACAGAAAUAAAAAUCACAAAUAUAGAUGAUAAAUCAGUAGAGAAAGAAGGAAAAAACACAAACAUGUUGGUUGCUAAUGAGAAAAACGAAAAAAAAGUAGUAAAUAAAUCAAAAUAUCCUAGAAAUGAGAGAGUACGGUCUCGCUUGUGUAUAGUCAUUUAAAAGAAAGAUACAUACUUAUUAAUACAAUAUAUUAUUUAUUAUUAUCAUAUAUAUAAUACAUAAAUUAUAUUACUUGGACAACUUUUAGUUUUACGUAUGUACAAUUUUAAUAUAGACCUACUAUGAUUAUUGACUAUAUAAUAUAAUGUUAUUAAUACUACGUUUAAUCUCAUUGUUUAAUUAAGAUUUAUAUAGUAUUAUUAUUAUAUUCAUUUAGAUACACUUUAAACAUUAUUAAAUUGAGUGAAGGCCAUUAAUUGAUUUUUUUUUUCAACAUUGCUCUAAAUAGUUUUAGCUUAUUUCGAACUGUAGAAAAUAGAUAUCAAAGAUUUAUAAUAUCUGUUUUAAUGACAUUCUUCUCAAAUGAUAAUCCGUAAUAUAUAUACGGGUGUAUGAAUCGUAAUACAGAAAUCAUACUGCAGUGACAGUGUGACACGCCUUCGUAUGAAUUUACAAUAUUAUGGGUAGCAGCAUGUCAUAUAACAAUUAACAGUCCCUGUAUGGGCUAUCAGAAAAACUAAACAAUAAAUUGAACGAUAAAUAACAACUAUAGGUCGUCAAAAAUGCUGAUGUUUAUUUUAUAAUAAAUAAAGCGUAUUUCAAAAUAAACAAUAAUACAAUCUUUUGAAAUUAUCAUUUCAACUAUUGUCAAAUCAUCUCUGUUUUUUUGAUUUUGUCAUGACUCGUACCAUUCUGUAAGUAAUAAUGUAUUGUAAUAUAAUAAACACAUAUU